AGAACCACUCCAGAAUUAAUCAAUUCCAUGACGGUGUUUACAAUGUGUACCAUGCCUGGUCUAGUGAAUGCCGCUCCAUCCAUGAUUGAAACAGCUCAUAAGCUCGGAGUGAGUGCUCCGCUGAAUGCACUGAUCAAGGCCACUUUUUUUAAACACUUUUGUGGCGGUGAAAACCUCAACGAGGUACUUCCUACCAUGCAUGCAUUUCAAACUGCUGGGAUCGGAUCGAUCUUGGAUUUGGCUAUCGAAGCAGAUCUCAAUGCUGUAUCCCUUUCUGGGGCUGCUGCUCAUGACUAUGCCAAGAAUAUGGUAACGAACAUGAAACAGUCCAUAGAUAUUGCAUCACAUCAACCAGAAAGUUUUAUUGCUGUGAAAAUCACUGCCUUGUUUCCUCCCGUACUGCUUCAGCGAUGGUCCAAUUCUUUGAUUCAUCUCAAGGAUGCAUUCUAUCAACCCACGAACAAAUCUUCUCAGCUAGAAAACCAGCCAGCUACAAUGGAUGAUUGUGAUACGGCCGAAUUGGUGAUGCAUGAAGUUGACCAACUCUGUGAAUAUACCCAAUUAAAAAACGUCAAGAUUAUGAUGGACGCAGAGCAGACUUAUUUCCAGCCUGCAAUCGAUAAUAUUGUUCUUGGUCUAUGCAGAAAAUGGAACCCUUCAACCAUAAAGCAAAUGACUGAAUCUGAACGGGCUGCUGGCUCUAAAGGACCACUUAUUUUCAACACGUAUCAAAUGUAUCUUUGCGAUGCAUACUCUCGUCUUGAAAGAGAUUUAAAUCAUUCUGCACGUAUGGGGUACUCAUUUGGUGUCAAACUGGUUCGCGGUGCGUACAUGGUCAGUGAACGUGAGCGUGCAGCCGAAUUGGGUAUAAAAGAUCCUAUCCAACCCACCAUUCUGGACACACAUGCCAAUUAUAAUCGUGGUGUUGCAUUCCUAAUAGAGAAAAUUAAAUUGGCUGCUACUAACGGAUCUAUCAAGCCUAUUUCACUUGUUAUUGCUUCUCAUAACAAAGAUUCCGUUCGUGCUGCCACAAAGUUGAUGGCAAAGCAUGGGAUUGCUCCAAAUGACGGAUGUAUUGCAUUUGCUCAGCUUAUGGGUAUGCAGGAUGGUACUGCAUACGCACUCGUGUCUCAUGGAUUUAAAACAUACAAGGUAUUUUAUUCAUCAAUGCAUUAUAUUCCAUAUGGCCCUAUUGAAGUCACUGUGCCAUAUCUUCAACGCCGUGCACAAGAGAAUUCAUCUGUUAUUGGUGGUGUAGGCGAAGAUAGACGAAACGUUUUAUCUGAACUCAAGAUUCGCAUG